CUGCUCUAAGAUCUUUGCCCAUGCCCAUGCGCAUGCUCAGUGCUGCUGGCGGUUUGCCGGCACCCGCGCACGCGCAGUGCUGAGGCGGGCCCUGCCGUUUGCUGCCGCCGCCGCCGCCGCCGCCAUGAAGCUGGUCCGAUUUUUGAUGAAGUUGAGCCAUGAGACUGUGACCAUUGAGCUGAAGAAUGGAACACAGGUGCAUGGAACAAUCACAGGAGUGGACGUCAGUAUGAACACUCACCUGAAAGCAGUGAAAAUGACGUUGAAGAACAGAGAACCCGUACAGCUUGAGACCCUCAGUAUUCGAGGAAACAACAUUCGUUACUUUGUACUCCCUGACAGCUUACCAUUGGACACGCUCUUAGUGGAUGUUGAGCCGAAAGUCAAGUCAAAAAAGAGAGAAGCAGUUGCCGGUCGCGGUCGGGGAAGAGGCCGAGGCCGGGGUAGAGGCCGAGGCAGAGGGAGAGGUGGACCAAGGCGAUGAUGUUCUUUUCCAUCCUGUGGAGGUGGUUGCUGUUCAUGUUUGUAAAAGGAUUUUUGCAUUAUUUCUGUUUUUAAUAAAGUCGGUUCACAUCA